UUCAAACAACAAAGGAUACCUACGGUGCCAGAAAAUCUUCAUCGUCACCUAUUCCAAAGCGAUGUUCCCUCGACAUCCAGUGAUGUGCAAAUUCCUAUCCUACUGCCUCAACUAAGAUCCCCUUCCCUACAAGAACACUUUAGGAUCAUCGCUGAAGAACUUACGCAUGUAUACAGGGAACACUUGGAACUAGCAUCUUCAUUUCCAACUACUUUUCCCAAGCCUUCUCAAUGGAAAUGUGAUGUGGGAUGGACGAGAUACGACCACGGAGGAGUUGUUGAACAAGUGGACUGGCCAUUGGAGGAUGUUUUCUUCUUCGAUGUCGAGACCUGUGUUUUGGACGGUCAACUGCCAACACUAGCUGUUGCACUAUCUGCAAAAGCUUGGUACUGUUGGUGCAGUGAGCGCCUUGUACAUCUCACUCCUGUUCCGCUGCUACCUCGGCUCAGGCAUUUGAUUCCUCUGGGAGGUGCUGAAAAGCCUCGUGUUGCUAUUGGUCACAAUGUUGGAUACGAUCGAGCACGAGCCAGAGAGCCUUAUGAAAGAAAGGUCAGGUUUUUCUUACACUGUUUCUAA